GUUUUGAUCUCUGGGGGCGGUUAGUCGGCUGAGAUGGUGUUGAAGAGGAAGCGAGGCGAACAUAUGGGUCAAAAUGACGAUCACAGAGUCACAAAGCCCGCCGUGGGAACGAGGACGUUCACGAACGGCAAAGCACUGAAGCACAGCUUGGCCAAUGACCCAUUGCAAUCUCUUGUUGCAUUGGGUCAGCAGAUACAUGUGGUCCAUUCUGAGCUCCCUUUGGCCAUUACAGACCCACGGGUUGUGCUGCUUCAGCAGUAUCUCGAUCUCUCACCGAGCGGUGAUGAAAUUUUCGCAGCUUGGCAAGAAGGCGACAAACGUCGAGAUGAGAGACUCGCGGAAGCCUCGGUGGUGGUCUUAGUUCAGGGACUCAAUAUACUGAGCGGUAUACCCUUCUUCCGGAAGACAGCGACUGGAAUAAUCAACCGCUUGAUCACAGUAUCUGAAUCCUCCACGGAUCUGCUCAAUGGAAUGAUACAAUCCGCCAAACGGGAGCAGUGUCUCUUAGGACUGAGGCUGGCAGCUGCUGCGGUGCAUGCCGAGCCUCCGAGCUCACAAGCAUCAUCCUCUAAUAUCGGCGUGAAGAUUUGGACGUAUCUUGCGGAAGGAGGGAGUACAAAGCUGUUUCCGAAGCUUUUGGGGAUGCGGAGGAGGACGAAAGAGGGAACAAUCAAGUACGGGCCAGACGAUCCGCUUGAUAAGCCAGAUAUCCGCCAUGCCCUAUUACAUCUGAUUUUGCCCAUCUUACCCAAGCCUCUCUUCAUCUCUGGAGUCAAGCAGUUCAUGUCACCCCUGUACUCGAAUCUCGAAGGAGAUCCACCGGUGACGAUAUAUCGGAUCUUGGUAGCCCUUUGGUCCGCCAUACAAAAUCCUGUACAAGGUGUUGCCCGCAGAACAAGCUUGGCACUCCUCGAUGAGAGAGCUAUAGAGAGUAUGCUUUCAUGCUUAACUCGUCAGGAGAUCGAGCCAACCACUGGCAAGCCCUUGUGUCAAGUCGUUUCGGCUUUCUUGGAGAGCGCCACCACUGUUCAGGGACAAGGGAUCUGCUUUCCAGAUCAAGGAUGGUAUCCUCGCAAAGUGUCAUCCGAGACUGGCGACGUACCGGAAGCCGGUCGGGGAAAUCGGGCUGAUGCUCCUCGCAAUACUUUGCACAACAAGAUAUUGUCUAACGUCAUUCGCAAGCUCGGUGCUAAGGUCGUGGACGACAAUAGUAUGAUCGGUGAUUGGGUGGUCAAGGUGUUUCGAACUGUUCCUGAGCUCAUCGCUAGCUACUGGCCAUACUGCGCCUUGGCAUUAGAUCCGAGACUCGACUCAAAAUGGAUGUCCACUAUUUCGUAUGUCGGCCGCAUCAUUUCCCUUCCCAUCCCUCCUGCGGGAACAUUUCGACAGACACCGGCCAGAGGAGUCGAUCCUGAGCAAAUGCCACCGAAUGCUCAACCGCCACCGGUCUCAACGAUGAUCGAGUCGAUUUUGCCUUCUCCCUUGACUAAAGUCCAUCUCGGUAAAGGCCUACAGCAUUCACACGAGCUGGUCCAGCAUCUCACAGCUUUGAUCAUCGGUCGUUCACUACAAAAGCUACAUAGUGUUCAAACCUUGCUUCAAUCGAUCGAAGCAGACUUGGAGGAUCCUAUGAGCAGCGAUAACGCGUGGGCCAGAGCGCGCUAUGAGCUUGAGAUAGAGGCAAGGAAACGUGUACCGGACAUACUGGUUGUCGUUGCAUUCGCGCAAAAAUCUGCGACGCUGGCAAAAGUACCCGAUGACGAGGACCCGGACGCUGCUGCCGUCGCACGUUCCGCAAUGUUGGCGGAAAGUGCUCUUCGACUCCUUGGUCUGUACCACCAGACCUUACCUUCCAUCACCCAGGAAAUGAAAUUUGAUAUUGGCAAGCUCCUGGUCUCUUCUUCCUCCGUCAAAGCUGAGAGAAGGGCCAAAAAAGAAGCGCGAGCCGGUAGUGUCAUGAGCGACGCGGGAAGUGUGGCGUCUGUCGGUACGAUGGGUACUGCAGGCAUGGGAGGCGGAUUCGGACAAGAUAGAGGCGAUGUGGACGGGUUUGAAGCGCUCUCACAAGCUCACGUUGUGGCCUUGCUAGCAGCUGUCAAAGGGUGGGACUGGACCAAGAAAGCUGCUGGGAGUCAAUACACCUAUCUUUACCAUGUACUCCUGCUCCACCUGUCUACCCCUCACUCGAUCACGAAAAUGAUGACGACGGACCUCGUAUACCAGCUCAUGGCGCCGACCCUGAUGUUUGAUCACGAUACUGGGGAGCUGGCGAUUUUUGUGGAGUCUUUACCUCGAACACCAUCAGGAGAUGUUGCAACCAAGGCCUUGGCAUUAGCUCAGCAAAUUCACAUUCUAUCCUUCAUUGACGACUGCGUUCGACGAUUCAUGAAGACUCCUUACCGAUACAUCGAAGAGCUUCAGGACCUGAAUAUGGAUGAGACUCCAGUCGUCGCUCGCGAGUCGGUCUCCCCUCUUCUAAUGACCUUUGUCGAGCAAUUCCAGGCAAAGCUUCUCGGAGAACACAUCAGUACCGAGGCUGCUGCAACUUUCCUGGCCUACGUGCGACGAGUCCUUCUCUGUCUUUGUGGGAAGAUGUCCACACCGAUGGUCCUGUCUGCUCUAGUCGAUCGAAUGGAGCACGGUGUCAGGGAAGCUCGUGAAAAGGGGCAGGAGCGCAGGGGGCUCGACGAUCUACUGAAAGUGAUGCGAAAUGACAUUGUCAUGAUAUUCGAAGGCUCAAGUUCGUCAGAGGAGAACAUCAACGUAUCAGUAAUACUUGCCGAUGAAUCGGAGUGGUCUUUAGGUUCCUUCGAGGAAACGCUGUUCGGCAGGGAACCCGGACUCGCGCGCACGACUGCGCUUGAGCGCUUGGCUGUAUCAGCAUCGUCUUCUGCUGCCCGACGCUACAUCAGAAUAAUCUUACAUAGAAUCAAGCGGCAUCCAGAAGACGUCGAAGUCUGCCUCAAUUUGCUGGUUGCCUGCUUGCGGCGCACAGGCGGAGCAGACCUGGCGGCCGCAAAGCAGACUGUCUUCUCAGAACAUCUCAUUCUGGACCUGUAUCAAGAUCAAGGGUCCUUGCACGUUCAAAAAGGUCUGAGUGAUCUAGCCGCUCUUCUGGAUCUACACUCAGUAGUGGAUCGAGGACUUGCCGAAAACGUAAUUCAGCGUGAGGUUGAAGCGCUCAGGGGUGAUGCAAAGGGGAAGAAUUUAGUCAAGAGACUGAGUGUGCUUGUACCAUGGAAGGCAUUCAUCUCAACCGUACAAUCCGAAACCAUCUCAGAGCAUAUUCUCAAGCACCUGAAGCGACUCACGUCCGCUGAUGAGGAGGUCUAUGAUCUGAUCUCUCACACCAUAGUCAGAGCCAAUAAGCUACCAACAAUGCUUGAUCACCUCGAAGACUGUGUCAGAUACAACAUUUUUGCACCAGUGACGAGGGCUCUACAGCGAUGGUCACUAGAUGACUCGUAUCUCGCCAGAGUUCGAAUCGAGAGUCGCACUUUGGAGAAGAUCAUCAACUCAGGCACGAACGAUGCUUUUCAGCUCGUAUCAGCUUUAGUCGAACGCUGUCCUUCAGCUUCAAAGAGUAUCGGAAAAUUACUCGCCGAAAGACCGAGUGUCGCGGAGGAUCAUCGUCUCUUUACAUCGCUCGUGACCUCCCUCGACAUCUCCACUACCGCCUCAGGUCCUGUUGAAGCGCUCAUCAACACGGCUUUUACGAUCAUGUGUGGAUCUCCGAAUGCAGGAGCUGUGGAGCAAGCAGCGGCGGCUUCCAAUUUCCUAACAUUGGUGGCGCCACAGCAUUUGGAUGUGAUCAGCAAGAAGAUCACGGCCUUGUCGUCUGCCGCAUUCACUCCGCCUCUGGCUCGCUUCUGCAAAGCAUUAACAGCAUUUCCAGAAGCAUGCAGAUCCCCGGGACCGGUAUCGUUUGUCGUCGGGCUGGGGCUACAAAGCAUUCUGCAAUUGUUUACGGAUGCGCAACCAUGGACCGACAUUGAGGUUGAAAAGGUCGAUCUGCUGGUAUCUAUUGUUGAAUCCACAUGCGACCUCGACCUCAGUCCCGAACUAGUGGAGUCUGUCAUCAUAUCUGUGAUACAGGAUGCCCUGAACAACACGGACGCAGUAGAACUGGCUGCGAGCCUAGUCGCUUCAUCGCCACUCAAAGCGAGUUUUGUUCGACAGUAUUUGGGCCUUGUUAUCACCUCGAAGACCUUCGUGGCCAUGACUCGCACGACUGAUCAUCCAGCACGUUCAUCCGUCAUCGCGCUCAUCUCUGCCUUUUUCAAAGCCUCAAUGUACGCAGCAUGUCAACCCAACUUUGUCGAACCCCUUAUCGCCAUCUAUCACGGUACCCUCUCAGUUACCGAUCGACAACUGGCUUCAGUGUUCCAUACAUUCGAAAAGUUCCGACAUCUCUCCGUGGCAUCAUUGAUCAGCUCUUGGUCUGCUACGGCAGGAUCCAGUCUGAGGGCUCUCGAUGCGCUAACAAGUCUGGAUCCGGCCAAAACCUUCAAGACGUGUAUUGAUUUCCCGAUAAGACACAAGCUGCAGACCGAUCAACUCGAUAAAGCGUCCGAUAAUUCCUCAGUCUAUGAUCCGGGAUUCCUACUCAGCUUGCUGGCUUUGGCUCUUCAGGAGCCUCUGACCGGUCUUGAGUGGGUCGAGCUACUACGCUGCAAUGUCCUUGGCGUGGCUGUGUGUAGUCUUUCAUCUCGUGAUAAGGCUAUGAGAAUCCUUGGUGGCUCAGCACUGGCAAAGGUCAUGAACUCCGUAAAGGACGUUUCAUUCUAUGAGCAGCCACAACUGGUACAUAUUUUGCGUCUACUGCGUCACGCUUUGACACCUCCUUCGACGGAAAGGUCGGAAUCAGCUCCUCCACCUGAUCGUUUACCGACUCUAACGACUCUCUUCCUCGCCCACGCACUACGAUUUCUCGCCACUCCAUCGCACCCACUAUACGCUGCAACCUCCCAAUUCCUACUUCAGAGGCCGACCAUGGAUGUAUGGGACGUUCCGAUGCUAUUCUCGAUGCUUUAUGCGAGCGGAGAAGGGUACAAACGGGAUCGAGGUUGGAUCAUCAGGCUUCUCAGAGAUGGUACAAAGAGUCAAGCGGACUGGAGUCUGCUCAAAAGGCGGCGGACGGUUGAGCUAUUCAAGACGCUAUUCCAAAGCUCUAUGGAGAGUUCACUCCGACGCCUCAUCCUCCAGGCUCUUGGUUCCAUCAGUCUGAUCCCAGCUGCUUCUUCGUCCCUCAUCUAUCGAUCAGGAAUACUGCCGUGGAUUGAUUCACAAUGGUCGCAAGCAAACGCUGACGAGAGAAGCCGUCUUCUUCUCACUGUCGAAAACCUCGUCAGGCACAUGAUGGCUCGCGAGAGGAUGGAUUCUCGCGGUAUGGAUAACAGACGAGUAGGUGACUGGUUGUCAUCCGCCGAGAGUCUGGUUCUGAAUGCGACGCAAGAUGCCGUCCGCUUGGAGACUGUCUCUCGUAUCGUUCACUACCUGUCGCCUGUUCUGGAUGAUGAACACUUGGCGAGAAUACUCUGCGCCAUGAUGGACAGCAUAGGGCGUCUCGAGGUUUCCACCUCAGAGGGAGAAAGUAGCAUGAUCCUUGAGCAUCUCUUCGCUGCGACUCUCACUAGAGAUCGUGGUAUCGGUUUCGUCUCUAUCACGGGCAGAAUCAAGGCUAUGAUACUGAAUUCGCAGUCUCCCCUAGCCGUAUGGGUGAGAAAUGAGACCAGACGAGCGCUCUGGCAAGAGACAAAGUGA